AAUUGGGAAUUUCCGAUUCUGAAAGAAAACGAAAGUUACCGAAGUAAACAUAACUGUGUAUUCUCCUUGCCUUGACUUCACACGGAGGAAAAACCAACACCAAAAACAACAACGGUUACCCCAGACCUCAUAUUUGGGUUAUUCUCCCUGAUCUGAAGUGUGAAGAUGGGAUCUAUUGAGGAGCUUAUUAAACAAGAGCUUGGAACCUCAGUCUUUCGCAGCACCGGCCAGGGAGGAGGAGGUUGCAUCAGUAAUGGAACAGCAUACGAAACUGAUUCUGGCAUUGUCUUUGCCAAAUUCAAUGACAAAUCUGAGGCUCUGAGGAUGUUUGAGGGGGAGUUUGAGAGUCUGGCUGCUUUGAAAUCAACAGACACAGUGAAAGUUCCUUCACCCAUCAAAGUAAUCAGUAACCCCCGAGGUGGUGCGGUGCUGGUCAUGGAGUACGUUGACAUCCGUGGUUUGUCACGACACGCCAGGAAACUGGGAGAGCAGAUGGCCAGACUUCACCUGCACAACUCCGAGUUGGGCAAGACGGCGAGACAGAAGGAGCAGUCGGUUCACAAGGGGAACUACUCUUGCUACACGGACAAGUUUGGGUUCCCGACAACCACGUGCUGUGGUUACCUCCCCCAGGAGAACAAGUGGUCGGACACGUGGCCUUACAACGACAGAAAAGUGGGGACCCUGUGGUCGACGCUGGUGCCGAGUCUGCCCAAACUGUUCAAGGACGUCGUGGUGGAGCCCUCGCUGGUACAUGGGGACCUGUGGGGAGGAAACGCUGGGGAGACGGGAGACGGGCCAGUUGUCUUUGACCCCGCCUCUUUCUACGGACAUUCCGAGUACGACCUCGCCAUCUCCAACAUGUUCGGAGGUUUUGGUCGUGACUUCUUCACCAGC